AUGGCUGAGGAGAUCUCAGAAAUUGUAUCCCGUUUACGCAUUGACACCGAAGAAGCAGACGUACUCGAUGUCGAAAUAAUAAACCCUAACCCAGAAAAUAAAAUCUCUUUGUUACUCUUAGGGCGUCUAUUGACAGAACGCUCCUUUAAUGUUGAAGCCUUUAAGCGCACGAUAACAACCGUCUGGGCUCCAGUUCAUGGUGUUGUGAUCCGCGUUCUUUGCCCAAAUCUGUUUGCUUUCCAAUUUUUUCAUUGGAGGGAUAUGUUGAAAGUUCUUGAUGGAAGGCCUUGGUGUUUUGAUAACAUGUUGGUUCUCCUAAAGGAAGCUGAUGGAGACGAACCACCAGAUCAGGUAACAAUCUACCAGUCCCCUUUUUGGAUUCGUUUAAAAAUUUUGCCUUUUAACAUGCGAUCGAAUGAAGUAAUAAAAGCUUUAAUCGGAAAUAUGGGCGAGAUACUUGAAUUGGAAGAGGAUGUACUGGGGAUUGGACGUUAUCGAAGGGUGAAAGUUAUGCUUGAUACCAGAAAACCUUUAAGACGUUUUAGGAAAAUUAAAGAUAGGAAGGGGUCUGAAAUACAGAUUGAUUUUGCUUACGAGAGAUUACCUUUCUUUUGCCUUGCUUGUGGAAUAAUGGGACACUCUGAAAAAGACUGUUAG